AAGAAGAAAAAGCGGACGAUUCAUUUAACGUUCGCCACCUCUGCUGUUUGCGACACCAGGCGAACGAUUUCAAUCUGUCGACUUGGUGGCAUGGAGCGAUCCAUUAGUGUCAGCAGGGACAACUCUGCUACUUCCUCCCCUGCUCCUCCCUCCUCCUCUCCUCCUUCUGCUCCUCCUCCUCCUCCCCCUCCUCCUUCUCCAACCCCCACCUCGACCCUUACUCCUCCUCCCCGACAAGGGAGGCCAAGGUCGGUGGGAGCCAUGGUGGAUGUCAGCAAGUGGCCCUUGUUUACCUUGCUGAGCCCUCAGGAAUUAGCCACUAUUCGACAGGCCUGCAUCUUUGGAACCUCUGCUAAUGAAGCCAUCUACAUUACACAUGAUGAUGAGGUGUUUGUGUUUGGCUUGAACUGCAGUAACUGCCUGGGCACAGGAGACAGCCUAAGCACCAUUGUGCCUAAGAAACUGAGCUGCCUGCAGGGGAAGAAGGUGUCUAGCCUGAGUUAUGGCAGCGGGCCGCACAUCCUGUUGGCCACUGACCAUGGAGAGCUGUUUGCUUGGGGGCACAAUGGCUAUAGCCAACUGGGGAAUGGGACUACCAACCAGGUGUUGUCCCCGGUGCUGGUAACCACUAAUCUCCAGAACAAGAAGGUGAAAGAGGUUGCCUGUGGCUCGCAUCACUCCAUGGCCCUCACUCAGGAUGGAGAGGUCUUUGCAUGGGGUUACAAUAACUGUGGCCAGGUGGGCUCUGGCUCCACAGCCAACCAGCCCAGCCCCAGAAGAGUGUCCAGCUGCUUGCAGGGCAAGACCGUGGUGGGCAUCGCAUGUGGGCAGACCUCCUCCAUGGCUGUGGUUGACAACGGAGAGGUGUAUGGCUGGGGCUACAAUGGUAAUGGCCAACUGGGUGUCGGUAACAAUGGAAAUCAACUGACCCCCUGCCGCCUUGCUGCGCUCCAAGGGCUGUGUAUUCAGCAGAUCGUAGCAGGUUAUGCCCACUGCCUGGCGUUAACAGAUGAAGGGCUGCUUUAUGCGUGGGGAGCCAAUACAUAUGGCCAGCUGGGAACGGGCAACAGGUGCAACCAGCUCAGCCCUGUACAGAUCAUGGCGGAGAAAGAGAGCAGGGUUGUGGAGGUUGCGGCUUGCCAUUCGACACAUACCUCAGCAGCCAAGACCCAAAGUGGACAGGUGUAUAUGUGGGGUCAGUGUCGGGGUCAGUCCAUCAUCAUGCCACACCUCACCCACUUCGCCACCACCGACGACGUCUUUGCCUGCUUUGCCACGCCCUCAGUCAUGUGGAGGCUGCUGUCUGCAGAGCACGAUGACUUCCUGACAGUCGCCCAAGCACUGAAGAAAGAAUUUGACAGUCCUGAGACAGCUGACCUCAAGUUCAGUGUUGAUGGCAAAUACAUCCAUGUCCACAAAGCUGUGUUGAAGAUCAGGUGUGAGCAUUUCCGCUCGAUGUUCCAGUCCCACUGGACGGAGGAUCUGCAGGAGGUGAUUGAGAUCGACCAGUUUUCUUAUCCUGUCUACCGAUCCUUCCUGCAGUUUCUCUACACAGACACUGUUGACCUGCCACCUGAGGACGCUAUCGGCCUGUUGGACCUGGCCACCUCCUACUGUGAGAACCGUCUGAAGCGUCUGUGUCAGCAGACCAUCAAGAGAGGCAUCACCGUGGAAAAUGCCUUCACCCUCCUGUCUGCUGCCGUGCGAUAUGAUGCAGAGGACCUGGAGGAGUUCUGUUUCAGGUUUUGCAUUAACCACCUGACCCAGGUGACUCAGACCAGAGCCUUCUAUCAGGUGGACGGAGAGAUGCUCAAAGAGUUUAUCAACCGAGCCAGCCGCUGUGGGGCCUUCAAGAACUGAACAGGACUCCGGGACGUUCAGCAUGUACUUAAAAGACGAAAUAUAUAUUCGAUCACAAAUUGACAGGUUUACAGCUGCUGGGUGGGUGACGGUGGUGCACUGAAGAAGUUAUGGAGGCUUCCAAAAUCUCCCCAGUCACAUUCCGGGUAAUCCAUCCCAUGAGGAGAACUUUCUUUAUGAAGAACUGCUUUUCUUUGCAGUCUGGAGCUGGCUGUAGACUUUGGGGGCAUGUUGUGCACAGAUACCAGGCAGAAGGAGUUUAUCUGUGUACUAGUUGCUGUGGAUCUUUCCCUCUAGCUGCUCUUGGUGCCUGGACAUCGUGUGGGUCCCCCUAGCAUUUCAGUUCACUGACCCAAAGAGGCUGGGCGGCUCUUUAUAAGGGUUAGCUGAUUUGUUGCUUGAAGGGAUUCAAACAGUGAAAAGGUCCCACAGGAGCUGCCGUUUCCCCCUUCCCAGCCCCCAACAAGAGAAGGCGCCAGCAGCACCCUCAGAUCUGAUAUCAGCACUUUCCUGCAGAGCCAGUCAGCAAAAGCUGCUGGUUGCACCGUCAACUGUGGCAUCUUCUCUGUCAACAUAACAAUAAGCUCGUGACUAUAUUUACUUGAAAAAGGCCUGUGGCAGUGUUUAAAUUAUUCUAAACCCCUCUUUAGCCUUGUAAGAAUUCUUUUACCUUCUUGAAAAAUCCCUGCAGGAGACCAAAGAAAAGAGAUCAAAGGAAAAGGCUGCAAUUUAAAAAAAACAAAACAAAACAAAAAAAAGCCCAGAUCUCUGUUCAUAGCAUUUCGAGAAAAAAGGUUUGACUGUUACACACAAAGUGGUCAGGACAAGUUACCCACUUUCCUGGCCCACAUAUAUAACAUUGGAAACUUCAGCUUCAUGUAUUCCUUCAAGUAUCUUCAAGUCAUCCUUUUUUCAUUUUCCCAUUGAAAAAAAUUUCUCACCUCAUCUACUCUGGAUGCACCAUUUCUUGCAGAGUAAGGGAAGCAUCAAGCACAAAGCUCAAUCUCGUUUUACUGUUGUUGCCCUGAUACACGUACAGUCGGUCCAGAUCAGACAGUCGAACACAAAAAGUCACUUGGUUGUAAUAUAUCUUACUAUAUUAAUUAACUGGAGCUCAAAACCAUUGUGGGCGUGCGCAAUAUUUGUUCUUUGUAUUAAGAAAAAAGGUUGGAUCUGCAUGUUGCUCUUUAAACGUCCUGUAGCAUGUUCAAAUCCCAAUGUAGCUCAGUUCUCUAUAUUCAGUAAAACUAUGAUAGGUAGAAGUCAUAAAAAGCAGAAGUAAAAAAAAUCUUAAAAUCAAAUAAAAUUCAUAAAAAUGGGUUGAGGCUUUGAAUUAAGGGAUAUUUUGACAGUCUUUCAAAACCACAGUGAGCAUUUGAAGCACUUUCUGUUAGUGGCGUUUUUCCUUUUAGUGCCAGUUUGAAAAUUGUAAUAUUUAUCUAAUACAGUGACUGGGAUGUUAGAGACAGAAACGAUGUCUUAGUGUGAGCACUUUAUAUUUUUUUUUUAUGACAGUAGGACCUUCAAGUUAGCGAUAUUUCCAGUCAUUCUGCUUACUUUAUCUGUGAUUGCCAACCCUUUUGGUGCCAAAGCAACCAAAAAGUGUAUGGAAGAGCAUUAGGGCCACAUAAAAAUUAAAAAGGAAAUAAAAACGUUCUGAGAUCAAUCAAAUUAAAUAAGUCAGAAUUGUAAGAAUGAAGUUAGAAUUCUUUCCAAAAAAAAAAAAAAAAAAGUCAGGAUUAUGACAUUAAA